UAUAUAAAUAAAUAUAUAUAUAUAUUUAUAGAAUCCAUUACAACCUCCUUCAAAGCUUUUUUUUUCACCAUUUCUCUCCUGUGUCUUUUCCUCUUUGUGCUUCAUGGAAAAUCGAAAGGAGAGAAAUGGUCCAAGAAAAGUGCCUCAAUUUGGAGCAUGGGAUAACAAUGGUGGGGAUGGAGGAAAUGCUGGUUAUACUGUGGAGUUCUCAAAAGCUCGUGCCAACAAACAACAUCAACCUAAUAACGGUUUAGAUGUACGUCACGAGUUGAAAAAUGACAAGGAAUUAAACCACCAUCAUGAGCAUAAACAGAGCUUAGACGCACGUCAUGGGUUGAAAAAUGAUAAGGAAAUUCAGCAUCAUGAACAUAAACAGGGCUUAGACGCACGUCAUGGUCAUGGGUUGAAAAACAACAAUAAGGAAAUUCAGAAUCAUGAGUAUAAACAUGGUUUAGACGCACAUCAUGGUUAUGGGAUGAAAAACAACAAUAAGGAAAUUCAGCAUCAUGAGAAUAAACAUGGUUUAGACGCACAUCACGGUCAUGGGUUGAAAAACAACAAUAAGGAAAUUCAGCAUCAUGAGAAUAGACAUGGUGUAGACGCACAUCACGGUCAUGGGUUGAAAAACAACAAUAAGGAAAUUCAGCAUCAUGAGAAUAAACAUGGUUCAGAAGCACAUCACGGUCAUGGGUUGAAAAACAACAAUAAGGAAAUUCAGCAUCAUGAACAUAAACAUGGUUUAGACGCACGUCAUGGGUUGAAAAACGAUAAGGAACCUAUGCAUCAACAACACAAAAAUGGUUUAGGCACGCGCCAUGGGUUGGAAAAUAAUCAGGAAUUUCAGCAUCAACCGUAUAAAAAUGGUUUAGGCCCACGUCACGGGUUGACAAAUGAUCAGGAAUUUCCUGGCAAGAAACAAGAGGACCCCAAUAUGAAAAAUGGAUACAGGUCUGUUCCUCAAUUUGGAAUGUGGGAUCAACAAGCAGCUGGAGGUGGUGCAGCAGCCAGUUACACAGUAGAAUUUUCGAAGGCUCGCGUCAACAGGAAACAACACAAAAAUAAUGAUCUUUUAGCACGACCACCUAGCAUCGAUCACGAGCAGGAAGAUCUUAGGAAGCAGCAAGAGGAUGCUUGCAUGAGGAAAAAGAAUAUGUUGACAUACCUCAAUUGUUGCAUUAGGCCUUGAUCAUUUCCAAAUGUCCAAGUGAAAGCCUCAUUUUGUAAUAGUCUUGAAAGUUGCUAUAUAUGCAAAUUAACCACACACUUUUUGUUUUCUUUGCAAAGUAAGAUAAGAUUGUGUACACGUCACUCUUUUCGGACCCCACUUAUAAAAUUACCGUGGGUAUGUUGUUAUAGUAAAAACAUUCUUAUUAUUCUGUUGUUUAAUGCAGUUAUAUACACCAUAUGUUAUAUUAUUA